CAGCUUUAGUAACACGAUGAUGCUGCUGCAGCCUCUCUGGAGCUUCCUGCGGGGCCACGCGCCCCUCCUGCACUCACCUGUCUUCCCCGUGCUCUUCUCCGUGUCCACCUACCUGUCGUGCUGCGCCCCCUUCCUGCUGCUGGACCUGCUGGCCCCCAGGUGCGCCCUGGUGCACAGGUACAAGCUGCAGCCCCAGAGCUCCGCGAGCUUGGCCUCAGUGCGCAGCUGCCUGGCGCAGACGCUCUACAACCACGUGGUGUUCAUCUUCCCGCUGACCCUGACGCACUGGUACCUGCGGCCCGCCCACCUGCCCCAGGAGGCCCCGCCCCUCCCCCGCCUGCUGGCCCAGGUGUUGGUCUGCCUGCUGCUCUUCGACUUCCAGAGCUUCACCUGGCACCUGCUGCACCACAGGGUGCCCUGGCUGUACCGCACCUUCCACAAGCUGCACCACUCCUCCUCCGCCCCCUCCGCCCUCACCACGGAGCACUCGGGCUCAAUGGAGACUCUGAGUCUGGGCUUCUUCGCCGCCGCCAACCCGGUGCUGCUGGGCCUCCACCCACUCAGUGAGCUGGUGUUCUUCCUGCUGAACAUCUGGCUGUCGGUGGAGGACCACUGUGGCUACGACCUCCCCUGGGCCCCCCACCGCCUGGUGCCCCUGGGGCUCUACGGGGGGGCCCGCCACCACGACCUGCACCACCUCAAGUCCAACUGCAACUACGCCCCUUACUUCACCCACUGGGACCGGCUGGCCGGUACGCUGUGCACACUGCAGGACGACUGAUGGAGAGUUCCUGAACUGAUGGAGAAGUUCCUGAGCUGAUGGAGAGUUCCUGAACUGAUGGAGAAGUUCCUGAGCUGAUGGAGAGUUCCUGAACUGAUGGAGAAGUUCCUGAGCUGAUGGAGAGUUCCUGAACUGAUGGAGAAGUUCCUGAGCUGAUGGAGAGUUCCUGAACUGAUGGAGAAGUUCCUGAACUGAUGGAGAAGUUCCUGAACUGAUGGAGAGUUCCUGAACUGAUGGAGAAGUUUCUAAACUGAUGGAGAAGUUCCUGAACUGAUGGAGAAGUUUAGAAGUUUCUGCCCUAUGUCAGCUGGGAUAGGCUCCAGCGCCCCCGCGACCCUAAUGAGGAUAAGCGGUAUUGAAAAUGGAUGGAUGGAUGAACUGAAGAUUCAUAAAUCUUAGAUUAACAUAUUAUAUAUUGAUUACAUCUCUGUAUCUAUAACAUUUGCACAACAAACCAGAAGUUAUUAUGUUUAGUGUAAUAUUAUUAAUAUAUGUGUGUGUGUGUAUGUAUGUAUAUAUAUAUAUAUAUAUGAUGUAUGUGUUUUGCACUGAAAGACGUAUUACGUUUGAGAUGUUCUUUAAGUCGUCAAAUUAUGUUCAUAACCAACAAAGUGUUGCAAAAUAUUCACUUGACAUCCAUUUAUGGCAUAUAAUUCAUGAAUAAACUAAUGAAUGAAUUUUU